AUGGGCAACUUCAGGAUCAAUGCUUCUGUUGAUCCCAGCUUUAUUCUGACAGGCUUUCCAGGAAUGGGGGCCACGGAGCCCUGGCUCGUCCUCCCUCUCCUUUUAUUCUACGCUGUGUCCAUUGUGGGCAACACCUUGAUCCUCCUCAUUGUCAGGUUGGAGCAGAGCUUACACCAGCCUAUGUACUACUUCUUGUGCCUCCUUUCAGUCAAUGACUUGGGUGUGUCCUUCUCCACACUGCCGACUGUACUAGCUGCCCUCUGCUUCCAUGCCCGUGUGAUCACCUUGAAUGCCUGCUUGGCCCAGAUGUUUUUCAUCCACUUUUUCUCUUGGACAGAGUCUGGCAUUCUCCUGGCUAUGAGCUUUGAUCGCUAUGUGGCCAUCUGCAACCCACUGCGCUAUACCACAGUGCUCACCAAUGCCCGCAUUGUGGCGAUGGGCCUGGGAAUUGUCCUCCGCAGUUUUGUCCUCAUCCUAGUUUUCCCACUGCUGCUGCAAAGACUGCCCUUCUGCCACUCCCAGAAUAUUCUCUCCCAUGCCUACUGCCUUCAUGUGGACAUGAUUAAAUUGGCAUGUACAGACGUCUCUCUCAACAGCCACUAUGGGUUGUCUGUUGUGCUGCUCACCUUUGGCCUGGACUCUGCACUCAUCCUCAUUUCCUAUGUGCUCAUCCUGAGAUCGGUGCUAGCCAUUGCUGCUCAGGAAGAACGUGUCAAGACACUCAACACAUGUGUGUCACACAUUUUAGCUGUGCUUAUUUUCUAUGUGCCCAUGGUUAGUGUGUCCAUUGUGCAUCGCUUUGGAGCUGGCCUGCCCCAUUCUGUCCAUAUUCUCAUGUCACUGCUCUACCUCUUUGUACCCCCCUUGCUAAAUCCUGUCAUCUAUUCCAUUAAAACAAAGGAAAUACGCCGUAGGCUUCUUAAACUACUUUUCAGGGUCAGGUUCUAA